UGAGUUCCUCUGGCUGGGAAUCACCCGAUGGGCUCCUUACUGGAAAUGUUGAAAGGGACCCCAGUCUAUUUGCCAAUAAUCGAGGAACACACUAAAAUUAAAAGAAGAGGAGGGAAAACAAGGGUCACAUCUGCUUGAUAAUGAAGUUUUUACAUUAUUUACAUUGCCAAACAAAAGUGCUUUAUUUCUCCCUUCCCCCUACUAAAAAUGUUGAGAAGGCGCCAGACUCCUCCCGCCACCCCCUGCGGCCCCAAAACCGGAAGUGGGCUCCCCAAACAAUUGAGAGCCACAGUCAGCUCCGGGCAAGUGCCGGUGUCCCAUCCCCACCACCAUUCCCACUUCCAUCCCCAGGAGAAGCCACGGGACCAUGGCGAACAUGGAAAAAUAUCUCUUUAACCUAAAGUUUGCUGCAAAGGAGCUUAAAAGGAAUGCUAAAAAAUGUGAUAAAGAAGAAAAGGCUGAAAAGGACAAGAUUAAAAAGGCCAUCCAAAAGGGCAAUACAGAAGUGGCCCAAAUACACGCUGAAAAUGCAAUCCGCCAGAAAAACCAAGCAGUUAAUUUCCUGAGAAUGAGUGCUCGAGUAGAUGCUGUAGCAGCCAGAGUUCAGACAGCUGUGACAAUGGGCAGGGUAACUAAGUCAAUGGCGGGUGUGGUGAAGUCUAUGGAUGCUACACUGAGCAGCAUGAACCUUGAGAAGAUAUCUGCCUUAAUGGACAAAUUUGAACACCAUUUUGAAACUUUAGAUGUUCACACACAACAAAUGGAAGACACGGUGAGCAGCACUGCAGUACUAACAACUCCACCAAACCAAGUAGAUAUGCUGCUUCAAGAAAUGGCAGAUGAAGCAGGCCUUGAUCUCAACAUGGAGCUCCCACAGGGUCAGACGGAUUCUGUUGGCACAAGUUCUGCAGCAGAACAGGAUGAACUAUCACAGAGACUUGCCCGCCUCCGCGACCAAGUGUAACACGAAGAACUUGAUGCUGCUUCUAUACUUCUGAAACCUCCUGUGUGUGUGCAGGCAUUAAUCUCUAGCUAUAGACAGAUAGCGAAUGUUCAAAUGCUCUUCAUAAACUAAGAUGCUCUGGGCUUGUAGUUCUUUAUAGAUAUGAUAAGAAGUUCAAGGGAGCUUGCACUCUUACUGUAUUUUGUCAUUCUGCCCAUCAUACACUGAAAUGGGAAAGAUGGCUUUUACAGGUGUCUUAGGUUGAAAUGAGUUUUUACUCAUUCUAUUUGAAACAUCAUCAUCAAAUUGUGGGCCAAAAUUCUAGUACCCCAAUAUUUCAAGUCCUGUUUAGAAUUACUAGUUAAGUUGAAGCAUUUAACAUCCAGUGUUCUUUUUCUCUCUCUGAAGACUUGACAUAGUAUUUUUUAAAAAUAGGUACAGCCUAGGCCAGGGAAUAUCUCUCUCAGUUGGUCAUUUAGCCCAAUAGACAUCAUUCUCCAUUUUGGAUUUGAACACUACUGUGUACAAUGUUGGUAUGCUUUCAUCUGUAUUCAUAUUUUAAGUUUAGAUUACCAUAGCCAUUUUCAUACCAUAUUCUGAUUUCGUGUGUGUGUUCUCUAAAGUUUUCAUGAGCUAAUUAUCUUAAUAAUCACCUAGAAAAAGUGCCGUACUACUUCAUUUGCAGGAAAAAGUAAGACAUUCACAUUUGCUGUUUGCAAGAUCUGGUGGUGGUUAACUCCCAACCAUAUCUGAACUUCUAUGCUUCUCUCCAAUGCAAUGAUAAAAUUAAGAAAUUGGACUAUUCCUGUUGAAUUUUUAUUAGCCAAUAUUUUUUAAGUCUAUUAAUUUACAUGAAUCUCUUACCAGGCACAUUUCCAGGGACUAAUUUGGGGGAAACCUUGACUUGUUUUAUUUUAAGCAAGAAUUUCAAGAAUGAAGAAAUUAAGUGUGCUAUCCUAACUAAAUGUGUUAGUCCUCUAUAUCUUAAAGCAACACCUCAUCAUUGGGAAUUGUAAGUGAUCUGAAUGAAGAUCUGGAGUUUGGCCAUAUAAGCAACAUAAACACUCAUCUAGUCAAGUGGAAGCUGAAAUAGUUUGGGGGUAUUUUGGGUAAGGAUGUAAGAUCAAGUCACAGAAUUUGUUGCCCAAGUGUCCAUUCAGCAAUUCAGAAUGGCUGGUAUAGUUUAUUAUUGCAAUUUACCAUGUAACUAUGAUGUUUUAAUUUAGAAGUCACAAAAUGGUGGCAAAUAUAGGUUUAAUGAGUACAGUGAUUGGGGGCAAGGGUUUAUCUGACUAAGGAAAGAUUUCCCCAUAAAAGAAUUCCAUGUUUUCUUGUUUUGUUUUUUUCCAAAUAAGAAGAUUUUCUUGAGGAAUGAUUCUCUCCAUUAUAAGUCACAAAGGUAUUCAAAGUGCAAUUAUCAGAGCUUUUUGCUAGACCUUUUUUAGCUAAAUGUUACCCAUUCGUUACUGUGAAUGAGAGGGUUUGAAUUUUUAAAAAAAUGUGAACAAGUAAAUACAAUGAGAAUUAACUGUCUUGUUUUGUUAAGCACUAGGUCCCAUGUUUCUAAAUUUUGUAGUAUGUAACGGGAGUAUUUCUGUGUCCAUGAGGAUAUCUUGCAUUUUGUUAAAUGAGUGAUGUUAAGUGAUACUUUUUUUUUUCUCUUUUAUGAAAGUGGUUGGUGGUCAUUUCUAUUGUAAUAGUUUAGGAAGCCAGAGAAGAGAAUUAUCACAAAUCAGAAUACCUAUGAAGUAUAAAUUCUCCUUAUUUUCCUUU